CCAUCGAGCAAUUAAAUUCCUCCAACAGGUUUUGUUUGCCGGUACCUGGCUAGCAAAGUGUACUUACAUUAAGUUAGCCUAGGUAACAUUUACUGACGGUUGUUAACAAGUUGGAGUGAACCAGGAGGUUCAUGCCAUUGCUUUGCCACCAUGGCCAGACUACACCACACGUAUGCCAUAAUGAGGAACCUGCUGUUACUGCUUAGCAGCAUCCUAAUCCUGAGUGGGUUGGUGCUGUUGGGCAUGGGCGUGUGGAUCAUGUAUGGCGCGGCCACCUUCGUGCAGGUCAUGGGCUCCUUCUCCGUUCAUCUGGUGACCCUUAGCUACAUCUGCAUAGGGGUUGGAGGGGUGCUAGCUCUGCUGGGCACCGUGGGCUACCUCGGGGCCAAGAAGGAGAACCGUUGUCUCAUCUUGCUGUAUUUCUCCGUUGUGACAACGUUGUUUAUAGCCGAGCUCAUGGGAACCAUCACUGUCUUGUUUUACAAAGACCUAGUGGAGUUUACAAUUCGUGAGGCCAGUAAGAAGACUCUCAUGACGGCCUACAUUGGCCCCGCCUCCACUGACCCCAUAUCAAGCGCCUGGAACUCAGUGAUGAUCAAGAACAAGUGCUGUGGCUUCGAUAACUCCACGGAGGACUUCAAGAACUCUGUGUUCAGCACCAACACUGGCCUGCUGUACCCCAAGGCCUGCUGUGUGAACAUGAAGGAUCCCACCUGCGACGGCCUCACCAUAGAAGAGGGACUACUGCACCAAGCGAGCUGCCUUUCCAAGCUUGUCACCGUGAUCAAGGAGCAGAGCGUCAUCAUCGGCUCCACAGCUGCUGUCAUCUGUAUCAUGGAGUUAGUUUCCAUGAUCGUGUCAGUGGUGUUGUUCGUAAGGCUGGGAAACGUCUACUACUAGAGCAGCACUCCAACCCUCUCCGGACGUCCUCCAGCCGUCAUCCCAAUAAACGCACCUUGCACAGA